CGAGGAAGCCCGGGGCUUUGGCCGGGACGAGGCCAUCGCCGAAGCGGCCGCUGCGCUUCUUGGACGUCCCGCGCGACCUCUCCGCCGUCUUCAUGUCGCUGCCGCCCAAGAAGCGGAUCCGCGCUCCGCCGUGCCUGGUCGCCUUCCGCCCGAGGUGCGGGGCCGCGUGGGGCCAUGGAUCGGCGCUGUAGCCCCGGCUGGCCGUAAUUUAUGGGCUCCAUGGUGCAAUUGUUCAUUUAUCGGCGAAUUCUUGGAGUUCUUGCGCUGCGUUCCUCUUCCUUCUUUCUUUCUUUCUCUUUCUUGCGGUGGCUUCUUGGUUCCCACGGCCAUGAUAUAGUAGUAUAAUCUCUAGUGCAAAUAAUUAACGCGUUAUUUUGCCUUUUUUCUCUCUGUCAUUCUGAUUUUUAUUGGGUUUGUGUGAAGGAGAAAUUGUACUAGAAUUGAAAAGGUUGCUAUUUACUUAUAUAAUAUAGGGAUGAUGAUUGGGGAAAA